AUGGGAGCUGUUGUUGGCAGAGAAGCAGCAGAAACUGUUCCUUUUGAAGUUCUGCGAGAAGCUCCAGCUUUUGAAAUUCGCCAUUACCUGCCCCACCCCAUCGCUGAGACCCCAUGGCAAGAAAACUCGAAGAAGACAUUUUUCGCGUUGGCGGAUUACAUAGGGGCUUUUGACACUCCGCACAACAGAGAGGCGCAAAAGCUCGCCAUGACCACUCCGGUGGAAUGCAUUGUGGAAAAAGGAGAAUUCAAAGUCAUGCGUUUCUUUUCUCCAAAAGAGGUGGCUUCUGCUGCUUCCAUGCCUUCCCCGACCUCUCCCGCGGUGUCUGUCGAUACAGCUGGGGAGCGCUUCGUCGCGGCCCGCCGUUUUUCGGGUUCCAUAAAUUUGGAUUUAAAUCCUUUUGAGGAUUUAUCAGUGCGGCCUCAGUUGCUGCACGUGGUAAGGGCUUUGCUGCGGGACCAGCUGGUCACGACGAGCAGCAGCAGCAGCAGCAGCAGCGGCAGCAACGGGAACAGCAGCUGCAGCAGCAGCAGCUGCAGCGACGAGGAGAUCUGGCAGCAAAUUAAAGAGGGACUCAUUAAUGAUGCAGCUUCAAAUAAACCUGCCAAGUUUUCUCUUGCCAUUUAUAAUUCUCCUUUUUGUUUGCCUUUCUUCCGGCGAAAUGAAAUAUGGAUUUCUCUUUCCAAAGAAACUGUAGAACGCAUGCAGCAGCAGCAAAGCAUGCAGCAGCAGCAAAGCGUGCAGCAGCAGCAAAGCGUGCAGCAGCAGCAAAACGGCACAAGUUGA